AUGGCCAACUCUGCUGGGAUGACGCUAACAACAAUCCACCUUCUUUCUUCAGACGUGACAGCGUCCCUUCCAUGUAUUGCUGUAGAGACACACCAAGGGCCUGACUUCUCUCUAACACAAGCUUUAGAAGACGUCUCUCAACAAGGAUAUGCCCAGAUUGUGGCCCUCCAGGAGAAACAACAAGUGCUCAGCUCUCUCCAGGCCAUACUAUCAGACAUUGAGAAGAAAGUCAAAGAAGCUGAAGUGGAGUUAAAAUCCAAUGUGAGGCAGAUUCUCAUCCUGGAGGGUGAGAUGGAACACCUGCAGCGACACAUGCAAGACCUGGGCUUGCGUUCCAUCACCGUCUACAACGAAAACACAGAGCUCCGACUGCUGAUCGAGGAAGAGGAGGACAACUCCAUCUGCGUGCUGGCCGGUUACAACACCUACCGGAACAAGAUGGAGGGUCACCGGACAGCCGUCUUGCAAGCGGAGAGCCAGACGAAGGCUCACAGGGAGCUAGUGGAGAAGAGGGCUCUGGUCAGAGUGCUCACAGAGAGGAGAGAGGAGCUGAGGGCCGACCUGGAGAACCCAGAGGGGAACGCUGUGAAGCAGGCACAGAAAGAGAUGGAUGACAUGAGGGGGCAGAUCUCAGACCGGAGGAAGAUGGUGACUGAGAGAAGAGAGCUCAUCCUGAAGGAGUUUGAGAGUCACACACUGAUCAAGAAGCAUAUCGAGAUCCAGAACAGACGGUAUGAUGCCAUCGUGAAGCGUCUCCACUGCCAACUGAUGAAGGCCCAGUCCGGCCACAGGCAGUUGUCUGAUGAUAUCUAUCACAUGGAGAGAGAGAUCCAGGACCUCAAGAGACACCUCGAGGUGCCAUAAUUUAGCAUUCUGGUUCAUAAAACUGUAUGUUUUGUAGUAUGACCUAAGGCUAGGAGUUUUCCCUAACCAAGACAUACUUCAGGCCCUAGUGUAGGUCUGUGCAUAACUGUUUUGUUGCUGUUCAUUUUCUCUUUUUACAUUUUUCUCUCCCAUAGUUUUUUCAGUGAAAGUAAUGAAUUGGAAAGCCAUUAAACAAAAACAUGUUUUUACAGAAAACUCCCUGUCCCUCCCCAUUACAAAUAACUU